UUGUAAUCAAAUUGUUUGGUACGCAUUCAGAAGCUUUUCAACUUCUUCAGCCCAAAUCCACAAAGAUGGAAACUUCCUAACGAGAAUAUCUUUAACACUCAAACAGUCAAAGACUCAAACAGCUUACCUUACUUCUACCUUACGUCGUUCAUAGAUUUGUGUCAGUAUUGUUUCUAUUAUUGACAGUUUGUGAUAAUAAAGAGUCAGAAUUAUUACUUAUAAUUUUUUUAAAAAGAGGCAUUAUUUAUGGGCCCCUAUAACCAAGGGCCCCUGACCCCCUCUCCUCAGCACUGGGUACAUUCGCCAUUCUUGCAGUUCUGGGAAUGGGGAAAUCACUAUAUAAUUUUGUAGCGAAUUUGCAAUCUCUUGGAAAUCAAAAGACAAUUUCGAAGCGAAUUUGCAGCGAAUUCGAUGCGAAAUUCGCCUCAUGAAAAUCCGCCUUUAGAUUGAAAAACAAAUUGUGGCUUUUUAUGCGCUGGGGUUUACUUUAUUCUCAAAUCCCGCAGAAAACUUAUGAAGUUUCGAUUGGAGAGAACGUUUGACGUAAAUUGUUCAAGCUAUGUUGAAUAUCUGCGUUCGAUGAUGUAAAAUAAAAAACGUGCACGAAAAUCGGUGUACAUUUUUUAAUAGACACGGAUAUUCCGGGAAGGAGAGUGAAUAUAUUAGGGGAAACCUCAUUGGGGGAAAUUCAGCGGGUUUGUUUGGGAACCCCCUCAUGCUCAUUUUAGUUUCGAGUGGUUGCGAAGGAGCAUGUUCUAAAGGAGCGAGAUGGCUGAAGGUGGACUGAGUGUGGGAAACGGCUGACGGUAUCAUACACAGAAUAUUGUCGUAUUUCACUUGGAUUGUGCCGAAAGCAAUUAUCCGUGGUUUUAUCAACUGAAGUAUCAGGAUCUUAGAAAUGGUGACUUGAAGGAUGCAUAGAACAAGACGAAGGGCGAUCGAGUGACGUUUUACAGUUCGGCAUAGGCCAAGUCAAGUUUCCCAAUAUCAAAGACGUUUGACAGUCCUAUUCCGUACUUUAAAAGGAAGAUGAGCCAAGAAAGAAGCCCAACUGGCUCUACUGGUGACUCAAGAUUCAAUAUGGUCUCUUCUGGAGCUGUUUCACCCCAGGGUUUUGGAAAAGACCUUCUUUUCGAAGACAUUCAGUUUGGAGAGGUUGUUGGUAGAGGUGCAUUUGGUGUUGUCAAUAAAGCUAUUUGGAAAGAUAUGCAAGUUGCUGUUAAAACAAUGGAAGGAAAAGAUGCUGCUAAAGCUUUAAAUAAAGAGUUUGUUCAACUUUCAAGACUGCAGCAUGAAAACAUCGUUAGACUUUAUGGUGUUUGUGCCAAGAAACCAAAAGUUUGUCUUCUCAUGGAAUAUGCUGAAGAUGGAUCUUUAUAUGACUUGCUGCAUCCAAGCAGUCAAGAUGUAAGGCCAUGUGAUUAUACUAUUGGUCAUGUGAUUAGUUGGGCGCUGCAGUGUGCCAGGGCUAUGGAGUAUUUGCAUGGUUUAAAGCCAACACCAAUUGUGCAUCGAGAUUUAAAACCACCAAACAUGCUUCUCAAAGAACGUGGUACAGUUAUCAAAAUAUGUGAUUUUGGUACAGCUCGCCCACACGACACAUCUCAUAUGACAAGUAAUAAAGGUAGUGCACCGUGGAUGGCACCUGAGGUCUUUGAAGGGCCCGUUUAUUCUGAAAAAUGUGACGUUUUCAGCUUCAGCGUCGUGCUAUGGGAAAUGAUAUCUAGAAGAAAGCCGUUUGAAAACAUUGGUCAUCCACCGUACCGGAUCAUGUGGGCAGUUCACAGUGGAACAAGGCCACCAUUAAUUCGCGGAACGCCUAAAAUUCUGGAGGAUUUAAUGAUUUGUGGCUGGAGCAAAAACACGGAAAUCAGACCGCCAUUCACGGCCAUUGUGCGGUUUCUUGAAAAAGUAUCAAAGUACGUGACCGGAGGAAACAUUCCUUUGACCAUCACCAAGACAACAGCUAGGCGGGAGAGUGACUCGAAUUCUUCGUACGAAACUCAGAGCGAGACGCCGGAGAAAACAUUGAUCGACAUUUAUGAAGACGAAGAAAAAAACAGGAACGAAUCCGUACUUUUCUCACCGUCGGAAACACCAGCUAUCGAAAAUGAGGUUAUUCAACCGACUGAUGAAAAGGCAGAAAAACUUGCACCGGUAGACAAUGGUGCUGCUCGAAAGAAAAGUUUACCUAAAACAUCAGUAGCUUCGAUGGCAGCUGAUCUGCCUAGAGUGCCAAUAGACAGUGCGGUUGAUAAACGGCCAGGGAUUGCACCACCCGUAGCUCAGAGUAACCUACCUGCUACCGUGACUAUGCAACAACAAGCAGCACAUAGUCAUGAAGGUUCUAUGCGAAUAGAAGCCGUUGGCCCUGCUUACGAUAGGCUUCACACCAUGUAUCCACCACCACCACAAGAAUUUUUGCCACGACAGCCAUCAGGCAAUUGGAUUCCUGUAUACGAUACGCCCCCUAGCUCAUAUUCUCAACUUAUACAUAGCACAAAAAAGGAUGAGUCCGAUUUUACAAACAAUUACGGCGAUAUUAGGCCAGCGGCUUACAGAAGUCCAUAUAGGCAGGUAUUCCCUUACGAUAGUCGUUAUUACAAGGAAGGUACUAGGUUGCAAUCACCUAAUGAACUACUCUAUCACUACACUGAACCUACCCGUGACGUGCAUUAUGUUGGACCAGUUAAUGAUUAUCAUCCUAUAACUUCGUUUACCGAAGACAACGUACCUCUUGUAGAAGAUCACUUUCCUCGGAUAUCACCGAGGCCACCAUACCCCCAACCACACGAUCCCGUCACAUCCAUGCCCACCCCUCAAAUAUCUGCAGAUCCAAGGAGGUUUUUCAAUGCACCAGCUUGGAAUAAUCGACUGCAUCCGGAUGCUAUACCAGAACAUCCAUCUGUGAAUGAGCUGCUUUCGAGAAUUGACGCUCAAGGCCAACAGUUUGUACCAAUUACGCCAGGCUCAAGCUCAGAGAGAUCAAGUGCUGGUUCAAGUCCGAUGACGUCACCAUACCAACAUACGUCCGGCAUUAGGCCUAAUAUAUCAACACCCACCACGCAGUUUGAGAAGAAGCUUUGGUAUCUUAUAGACCCUGAAGUAAUGCCUGUCAAGCCAUUUUUCAGCCACCAAGAAUCGCUAAUUAUCUAUGAUCAGCAUACAAAGCUUUUCAACGAAUAUGUCGAGCUUCAAAAUGAAAUGACUUAUCUUAUUGGGAGGAAGCGUGAUCUUGAGCAACAGCUUAAUAAUGAAAAGACAGAACAGCAGAGGAGCUCUCUGUUCUUAGAGGAUUAUCUGAAAUUGCUGGAAGAAAAGCAUAGCUUGGCAACCUUUCUAAGUGGCGUUAAAGAACAGUUAAAGCUCGAUCACCAUCCCAGAUGGCACAAGGAAAAUGUUCUAUGAUUAAUUUGCAAUAUUUCAUCUAAGUCCAGAACGAAGCAAAGGCGUGUCAAGCUGAGGGUCUCUAGAGCAGAGCGAAUAUCCUGUUUUAACGGUUUCGUUUUUUUAAGAGUUCUUUUGAGAAUUUUCAAGCUUUUUACACCCGCUUUUGCUAAGGGCUUAUUCAUGUUUAAAAGAGUAAGUGGACGACAAAUCUGGUAUCAGUUAGUUGUUUCAAAGGUAUUCUUAAGAGCCAAUAACACAUAUAGACAGCAGGACCGAUGCUUAAAUCUAAGAUAAGGCUUAACUAAGCAAGUGUUUGGCAAACAAUUUUUGCGCGUUGUUUAUUUUUGCGUUAACGAACGAUUUUCUCCUACGACAAACAGUAUAAAAGCCUCAUAUAGCGAGCAUCAACCGUUGUGUCAUCCUGGCAACGAGAGACUGGUUUUUUAAGAGCAAAUGACCGGGCCUUAGGUUUCGGAAACUGAAAUACCGACAAUGUAAUAAUCGUGCUUUUAAGUAUUAAAAUAGUUAGAAGUACGAUUGAAUUAACAGGAUUCUAUCGCAUUAUUUUAUUUUCUACGUUUUUAACUGAUGUUUUCAUCUCAAACUGGAGCUAGUUUUGUUCAAUUGCAAUACGGUUUUAGGUUACAAAAUUACUGAUUUCACAAUUCCGUGAAUUACUGAGAAUGUUUAUCUUCCAAUCUACCCUAAAAGAAACCCCCCCCCCCCCAACCUUGUUUAACACUAUAUACUUUACAGAUUAGACUUUUUAAAAACUCACUUCAAUCUAAUAUAUAUCUUUGCGCAUUUAAUAACGAUAAUUUUGUUUGUUUACGAAUCAUGAAGAUUUCAUGCCCUUAAGAAAGACAAAUUUGCCUCCUUAAAUUUAACCUUUUCCAUUGUCAAUGCAAAUAUUUUGUAGAUAAAACAUCCAAUUACCUUUUCCUUCCACUGAAGAUUUCCCGAUUCUUUUUUCUUAUAUUAUAUGGCUUCCCCGUUUCUUAGAUUUUGAAACGCAUAUUUCACACUGGACUAGAUGUUUUGAGUAAAUUUAUAAAAAGUUGCCUUUGAAGAGGGUGAAUAAAAGAGAAAACGAUAAUGCCUAAUGCCUCAGGAUGUGCAAAAAUCCCUUGGUUUUCAUUGGCAAAAUAACCAGCAAAAGCAGCUAUAAACAAACAGAAAACAAACCUUAUGUUAGAAAUUAUCUUAAUUUUUCGAUCGAUUACACCUCUAAGAAUGAUUAUUCUAAAUUGUUUCCUUAAUCCUUUUAUGCGUUGCAACCCUCAAAAAGUAUCUAGAAAUCAAUAUUUAAUAUGCUUAUAGCGGUAAACAAUUAUUUUAGUUUGAGAAUUUCCCUUGUGAUUUCACAGAUACUCUGAAUUUGUUUCUCGUUAGUCUGUGGAAAUGAUCGCGUUUUAAUAAACCAAGCCUGUAAAUAUGAGGAGAAUUAAAUUUGCAUUGCAUUUUACAAUACGUAGCUUUUCAAACUUGGCCUUGGUACACCCUCAUUAGCAGUAUCUACACAUUCGAUAACUGUAGCCUUUUGCUUCGAUCGAGAUCAAAACAUUUGCGAUAAAUUAUGUAUAUACAGUAGUGAAGUAGAUAAA